AAAAAAAAAAAAAAAAAAAAAAAAAAACCGUGGCUUGGGAAACAAGUAGCGAAGAGGCCAGAAGUAAUUGCUAAUUAAGCAAAUUACCUAACUAGUACGGAGUAGUAGUAACCCAAAAUAUCAAAACUCUUCAUCUAUUCUUUCUCGACGAUCGCCGGAAUAUUUCAAGCUCACCCACUUGACUAGAAGAAGGACGCAAUUUGGCCAGUUGCAGAAUAACAAGAGAACAAGAUGAGUGCUGGUGGUUCAUUUGGUGGGUCAAGAGGUGCAAGACCAGUUCCUCCGGAAAAAGGAGUAUUUCCUUUGGAUCAUGAUCAUGAAUGCGAUGUGGAGAAAAAAGAGUAUCUUAAUUGUCUAAAAGUUGCUGGCCAUAAUUCAGGAAAAUGUAGAGAGUUUUCAAAGAAAUAUUUGCAAUGCCGAAUGGAGAAGAACUUAAUGGCAAAGCAAGAAUUGUCUGAACUUGGGUUUCGUAAGGAACAGGAAACAGAAAAUUCUGAAGGAAAGGAGAACGACAAAUAAUCAGUAAUAGAGACUCAUUAUUGCCAAUUUUGAGGAUGCAUGUUGGCAGUCAAGUGAUGAGGAAACCCAUUCUUGGAAGUUCAGAAAUUUACUAUGACCAAUCACUGGUGUAUUUUUGCACUAUUACAUAAGCUGGGCCAUUGUUGAACCCCUCUGAGAUAGUUUUGUUAGAUCAAUGCUCGUAGAAUUUGAUUCAGAAGGCUAAAACAAGACCAUGUAAUGUAACCUCUAUUGCCAGAAAUAAUGGAUUAUAUUUCUAUUGUUGGGAUACAUCCAACAUAGCAAUUUACUCGGUUAAACCCUUGA